AUGGCUGUCUCCUUCCCACCCCUGAUUAGGAUGAGGAAACCAGAGGCGAAUCAUAGAGACAAGAAGGUCUCUGAAGGAGUUGCAAUUCGCAUCUGUCGAAAGACAAUGGAGGGGACGGCCUGGGCGAGGUGCAACGCCAUAUUGGACAGGCAUGGCAGUGGCUACGCAAGGGAGGCAAGGAGGCCGUCCACAACCUUCUCCACUGGGCUGGAGAGGGCGCCCAAGCCACGCCUUGAGCCCAUCCCUUUCAACCUGCACACUGUGAUCGACACAUCUCCCGAAGAGUCCCCUUCGUCCCUCCCUGAGAGGGAACCCACAGCCUCCACAGCAGGUCACACCAAUCCAGCAACCCCACCACCUGCCCCUUGGCAGACUGUCUUUCGAAUCCGCCACAUCGAGCCCCAAGUGGCCCAAGUGCCCCCACCUGCCGCUCCUCGCAGGCAGCCUGAGGCACAAAGCCACUUCAUGGCAACCAGGCCGCAUGAAAGGGUGGAGGAGCAGAGGCCAAGUGUGGAGGCUGAGCAGCCCUUGGAACAGGGUGCCAAGCCACCUCUGCAGGCUGAGGAGCAGGCGGGGGUGGCAGGCCAGGGACAGGGUGAACACCUCAGGUGCCUGGCUGGCCGCAAUUGGUCGCAGUUCAUCGGGUCAUGGGACAACCUAGGCACUGCAGUGACAGAGGCGCCUCCAGAGUCGGCGACCAGUCGCAAGAGGCAACGGGAGAGGGACCUGUGGCUAAAGGAAGAAUGGCUGCGGGAUAGGGAGGAGGAGCGCUGCUUGCAGGAGGAAAUGGAAGAACUGGCACUGCAAAAUGUGCUGAGGCAACCCAUCUUGCGCCUAAACCUGCGCAGAUGGCGCAGGAACGUGAGGGAGGCCAUCAUUGAGCGGCGUGAGCAGCAACGCAGAGCGGUGCUGGAAGAGUUUUGGAAUGACAUUCCUGAGGGCUACGAGGUGGAGCCAAGCCAUGUGGGCGCCCUUUUCAACAUGAUGGACCCCAAGAUCCCAUGGAAGGAGCCGCCAUUGGUGCCCAAGAGCUUCCCGCCGUUGCACGUGUACGAAGAAUUCAUGGAGAGGCUUGUCGUCCACCCGCACAGCAGUCCGCUGGACGUGGGCGGUGCACAUAAGCGCAUCUUGAAGGAGAGGCGCUCCAUGAGGCAGACGUUCAAGCUGACGGUCUGCACAGGGAGCCAGCCCAGCAACGAUGGCCCCCUGCCAUACCCCACCCCUGCCAAGCAGUGGCUAUGGUGCCGCUUGAGCGGCAGGCAGCGGUGCUCUCCUGAGCGAAUGGCCAUCGAUGGGCGCAAAGGGCGCGUGCUGCUGGACCAGGAGGGCACCUUCGUGUGGGACUGCUGGCCGCGCCACCUGGGCCCGGAGGACGGCCAUUUGCUGCGCGACACCAGCGGCUUCGUGUUCCUCAUGGAUGAAGGCGAGGACAUGGCAGCUGCGCUGGGUCGCGCGGAGGCACUGCUGGAGCUGCUGCCGCAGGACGGCCUGCUGCCCCCCUUGGUGGUGCUCACACUUUGCUGGGAGCUCACCACUGCACAGGUGCGGCGGGCGGUUGAGGGACGGCUGGGGGAGCGAUGCAGGGGACUGGAGGUGCUAUCGCUCCGCCCAGCCCUGGAGCACAUAGUCGAGGAUGUGCACAUAUCCAACUGCGUGCGGUGGGCGCCCUACCUCAAGAGGAAAGGCCACAGGGUGGAGCUGCCGAGGAGACAGACGAGCAAGCCGUUGACGGAUCCCCUCGAGACGGGCGUGGCUUUUGUGGCUUCCAGAUGUUCCCUGCUGUAA